AGACAGGGUCUCACUGUGUCCUUGAGACUAAUCUGGAACUCCCGGUGCAGCCCAGGCGGGUCUCCAGCUCACAGCGAUCCUCCUGCCUCGGCCUCCCGAGUGCUGGGAUUACAGUCGUGCACCGGCGACCCCGGCUGUGUCGUCGCCUUUAAAUCGCGCCGAGCACCGCCGAGGGUUCGCGCUGGGGUGUGAGGCUGGGCGUGGGCAGCGUCGGGACCCUGCCCUGGAGCGCGUGCUGCGCGCCCCUCCCGGUCCCAUUCGCCAGCUGCUGUCGUGCGGUGGUGAUUGACAAGACCACGAGGCCCGCGCGCCCAGAUUUCGCUAUAAAGGGCUCAGCGCCCGGUCCGGACCGCGCCGCGGAGGCGGAGGGAGGCGACUGGCUUCUGCUUCUCUGCUUGUGAACUUCAGCCCCUGGGCGGAACGGGGCUUGAAUCCAGGCGUCCUGCUGAGCCGGGCCGGGCCGGGCCGCCUUCCCGGGACUCUGCCUGGUGCCGCCCUGCCUGGCUUGGGCACCCAGCGACUUCCCCGGGGGACGAUGGACCGCGGUAACGGAUGCUCUACGGGGAAAGGAGGCUCCGAAGAGAUGGUGAAGACCUUUAAGGCUAAAGAUCUAAGAAUCACACCAGCCACCAUUUUUAAGGCUAAACCAGAUCCGAAUAAUCUGGUUUUUGGAACCGUGUUUACGGAUCACAUGUUGGUGGUGGAGUGGUCCUCCGAGUUCGGAUGGGAGCAACCUCACAUCAAGCCCUUUCAGAAUCUGUCACUGCACCCUGCGUCAUCCGCCCUGCACUAUUCCGUGGAGUUGUUUGAAGGUUUGAAGGCAUAUCGAGGGCAUGAUAAUAAAAUUCGGCUGUUCCGGCCAGAACUCAACAUGGACAGAAUGUAUCGAUCAGCUAUGAGAAUAACUUUGCCGGCUUUUGAUAAGGAAGAGCUUCUACAGUGUAUCCAGCAGCUUGUGUCUUUGGAUAAAGAAUGGGUCCCCUAUUCCACUGAUGCUAGUCUCUACAUUCGUCCCGCAUUCAUCGGAACUGAGCCUUCUCUUGGAAUCAAGAGGCCAAGCAAAGCGCUGCUCUUUGUAAUCCUGAGCCCAGUGGGACCUUAUUUUUCCAGUACAUCCUUCAAGCCAGUGACCCUGUGGGCCACCCCUCAGUAUGUCAGAGCCUGGCAAGGUGGAACUGGGGACUGCAAGCUGGGAGGGAAUUACGGUUCCUCUCUUUUUGCACAAUGCCACGCGCUGGAGAAGGGGUGUCAGCAGGUCCUGUGGCUCUAUGGAGAGGAUCACCAGAUAACUGAAGUCGGAACGAUGAAUCUUUUCCUCUACUGGAUAAAUGAAGAUGGAGAAGAAGAACUGGCAACUGCUCCGCUAGAUGGCAUCAUUCUUCCAGGAGUGACGAGGCAGAGCAUCCUGGACCUGGCCCGCGAGUGGGAUGAAUUUAAGGUGUCGGAGAGGUACCUCACCAUGGGUGACCUGACCAGUGCCCUGGAGGGGAACAGAGUGAGGGAGAUGUUCGGCUCUGGGACAGCCUGCAUUGUCUGCCCAAUUUCUGACAUACUGUACAAGGACCAGAUGAUGCAUAUUCCAACAAUGGAGAGUGGGUCUAAGCUUGCAAAGCGUAUCUUGGACAAAUUGAGUGAUAUCCAGUACGGAAAAGAAAAGAGCGACUGGACAAUCGUAGUUUCCUGAAUGAGAGCCGCAGAUGAGCCGUAUACUACUGGAAGAGGCUCUUGCACUCGGAUCGUGAUUUAAGCAACCUUUCAGUAGUUGAUCUGAUGUAAUUUGUCUUAUUUGUGUUUCCAGGGUGAUUUCGUUUUUUUCUCUUGUGCAAGAGAAAUCAUUAGAUGUUGUAGUCAUUAGAUGUUGCUUUGUAAACUUGGGAAUCGUUGCUUGCUUUACCUUUUAUCAGAAAGAUAAUAACAUAAGCCAUAUAAUGUAGACUUUUCCUCAGUAAUUUGAGUGCCUCCCUUCACACUUCACUCAGAUCCAAAAUGUUGAUUCUUCAGUAGAAUGCGUGCCUCCUCAACCAAAUGAUCCUUGCGUGUGUGUCUGGAGGCUGAGCUGUCUAAAUUCAAUAAGUAAUGUUCUUUGCGACACAUCGAUAUUUUUAGAAACACUCAGAAAGUGCUUUGUUUUCUUUCUUAAAUCAAGAUCUUGAAAUGCUUGGUAUGUGUCACAUGUUUUCGUAGGCCCUUAAUCCAUCUGAAGAUAAGUAUCUCCUCCCUUCUCUCUGACCUCACAGUCUGCUCUGAGAGCACUUUGUGUAUCCGUAAAGCCUGAACAUGUCCACCAUUGCCCUCUCCACGAGGUAUUGCACCUGGCUGUUCAUCAGGCUGCUCUAAGACUGAAGGUCUUACGCCUUAUAGAUCUUUGUUUGCCCGAUGCCUGGCACAUUGUGAGUUCUCACUGAGUGGACAUUUAGCUUCUAUAGAAGUGCACCUUCUGUGUUCCUGUAUUGUGAAACCUCUUUAUUGCAGUCGUGACGGACUCUGACAGUGCGUGAUACUUACCUCAUAAUGUCUUCAUUUUCCAUGGACUCCGAAGGCAUUAGAGGUACUCGGAGCCGUAGCAAGUGAAGACUCUCGGAAUUGAAGCAGGAGCCCUGGAGAGAACUCAUGAUAUCUGAACCAACCAAAUGGAAAUGACACGUGUCAAAUGUGAAGUGUCAAAUGCAAAAUAAAUCAUUCGGAGGGACGAGUAGGAAGCAGAGAUAUUCUGGUUUUACACUUUGUUUUUGUAGGUGCUCUUUUCUCUUGAAUGAAGAUUGAUUGAACAUGUGGUUAUGGUGGAGGGGGAGCAAUUACAGAGGGUGUUUUCCUUGUUUGGGAGCUAUGAGUUAAAGAUGCAUCCUUUCCUAGUUUAUCUAGGGGACAGGGAAAUCUGGACGGAAAACAUUGACCCUUGGAAGGUCAACUCACAGACGUUGUAUUUUGGUUUCCCUCAGUCCUAACAACUUUCAUCUUGCUGAUCAUAUUUCAUUCUCUUUUUCUGAGCAGGGAAGAAAACAUUCUAAAAGUUUGAUGCACUAGAAAAUUUUCCUUCAGGCAUUUAACAACACAUAGCAAAUGGGCUUUGAUUCUUCUCCAGAACUUUUUGCUGUAGCUUUUUUUUUUUAAAGACAGGAAAGGUAAAGUGAAAAUUGAAGAAGGCUAAGAUGAAAAGGAAUAGUAAAAAUAUUUUAGGAGGCCUUUAAUUGGUGAUCUCAACUCUUAGGCAAGUCUUCUCUUUUAGGCCCAAGAUGCACUUAGAACAUGGAGUGUUCUGAUGCGAUCCUUUCGCCUUCCCUAAAUCUUUUAAUCUCAUUCUUAAUGUAACAGUCUCAACAGGACUUCCAGGUAAUUUUAACUAUCAAGUAGUACAUAAAAACGAGGCAGAUUCCUAUUAGAAAGGGAAAUUACUUGUAUGCCACGAGUACAUUUCAUACUUUGUGUUUCUAAAUUUAGUGUGCCCAUUGUGAAAGUUGGAGAACAUUAUGUUUAUGCAAUUUCUUUCAUAAAAAUAUGAGAUAUGAGAGCACGGUGAACUCUUUCAACCAGACUCAGCAGAGACUAAGGAUAUACAUCUUAAAAGCUGGACAUCUCUUAACACAGGGAACAUAUCUAUCUGCCAUUCUCUUUUAAGUAAUAACACAGGAAAUUGACCUUGGUAUUGACUUGUUAAAAUGAUUUUAAAGAAAAUUUGCUCUUUUUUCCUUGUGCACCGUUUGUUUAAUUGCAGUGAAGUAAUACAGUCACAUUAUAUUACUGGGCAAUUACCCAUUCUUCAAGGCUUAGUUAUCACAACACUAAUCAAUCAUUUAAGGCAUAAGAUAGUCUUAACAUUAGGAACAUGUGAGGCUAUUCUGCCCAAAAAGAUCAAAUUAAUACUGUUGCUGAUAUUUGCAUAAUUGGCUAUAAUUAUUUAAUGUGUAAUUGUGUUCAUCAAAUAAGAUUCAGCAGUUCACAUAUGAAUGAAUAUAAACAAAUGGUGGCCCUCAAAAUGAUUACAAUUAACUUAUUUUGCAUGUUCUCUUCCAGUUUUUACAUUUUAGACUGAGUUUGUCAGCUUUUCUCAAACAUGUGAGUAAAAACCAAGAUUUUUAAAAUGAAGUGUUCAGCUAUAGACAAUCUGAUCAUUUCCUAAAAAGAUUUCCAGAUAUUUGUUGUUGUUGUUGUUGUUGUUGUUGUUGCGGCAGCCAUUUGUCAAGGAUUCAACUCUAGACGCAGUACAAGGAGGAUCAAGUUCUGGGGUGGAUGUGCACCAUGCUUUCUAGUACAGUGAGGCUGGUGGGAAUGAAUAAUUACCUAGGUGGGCUUUGCUUUCAAAAGGAAAAGGAAAAGGAACAUAGAAAAAUAAAUGACUGAGAAACCUUGUCAGGGAAUCACAUUUUUACACUUUUCUCAAAAGAUCGCUCUAAGAAAUAAACUAUAUGGUGACAUGCAACAUCAGCCCCCUGAAGACAUGAGCGGUCUGUGUUACACUAGGUUAAAGUUCUUCGCCUUAUAAUUGUACCUAAAUAUGUGGUCUUACUUGCCUCAAAUCUCUGCAUUCUUGGGCAUUUGAAGGCCAUUGAUAAGUAUAUCCUAGUUCAUAUGAUUAUACAGACUUUCUACUAAACCCACAGUUUCAAAUCUGCUUUAGGGGAAUUCUGCUACGAAAACAAUUGCUAAAACAAGCGUAUUUCUUUAUCUGCCCCAUUCAUGCUCUGGUGUUCUGCUUCUUUUCAAAGGUGUAUGUUUGGUUUACUCUUUUAAAAUUGGGAAAAAUGUCUUUGAUGACAUUUAUUCACUUUCAUUUGUUCACAUGAUAUUUUCUGAAAUAUUUAGAGUAAUAAAUAUUUCAUCAGCUGCACCAAGACGAAGAGCUUAGUGAGGGGUCAGAACUCUUUCAUGUCCUGGUUUCUAAAUACAUUUAGAGAACCCUUACUUAUAAUGUGGAUUUCCUUUUCUCUGCAUAUGCAAAAAGUUGUGAAAAAUAGUAAUGCUGACAAGUAAUUUUAGUAGAUGUUUAAUGGCAGUGUCUUUGUUUUGCUACAAGUAGAAUUAAUUUAGGUAUAAGGCAAAGGGGUAACAUGUAUUCUGGAAAAAGAUCAGGGAGAUUAUAAUUCAUUUGCCAAAUGUUGAUUGAGCACCCACAAAAGUGUAUCCUACACAACCAGCAAUAAGAUAGAAAGUUUCAGAAAAUAUGUAAACAUUACCUCAUGAAGUUUAUAAUCUAUUACUUGAACUAAUUUUAGAUAGUGGUAUUUGUGAAAGAUUCAGUGAAGAUAAUAAAGAGAGGAAGGCCAGAGCACAUCUCUUAUAUCAAGAAAUCACAGUGAAGAUUUUAUCUCAUUAAGGACAAUUUUCCUGUUUGUAUUUCUACUGUAAAACUACUCAGUAAGGUUAGUACUUAAGGUUAUUAAUCCACUGUUGUGUGGCAUGAAUUACCUCCUGGUUUGUGACUUUGCUGUCAACGUAGAAUGUUUGUUGUCUGCAUUCUUUUGGAGUAAUGUUCUGGAACAUCUUGCAGAAUACUGCAGAUUUCUGUGUGCUUGCUGCCCAGAUAAUACUGACAGUGAUCCUAGAAUGAAUUUUUCUAGAAAAUGUUGAUUAUGAAUCAAGCUGUUUAAAGUAUUAACUGCAAGGUACUUAGAAAAAAAUUUUCAUGUAACCAUGACUUUUCAGUUUGAAGUUUUUAAUUAGAAAGGCCUUUUAAAUAUUGGAAAGAGAUUGAUUUCCGUCAUUUCCACAAAACCCCCUUCAAAUGCAAAGAUAGAAGAUGGUAAUUCUUUUCUUUUUUUUCAUUUUUUCUUUUUGGUACAUUUUAGGUAUACAGUUACAUU